AGCUCAAGGGACCGCCGCGCCGCGCGGGGCGAUUGGCGGCCGCCGCUGGAAGGGGGCCCGUCGGAUGAUGUUCCGAUCGGCCGGAUGGCUCCUGGCGUUCCCGCCCGCGCUGGUGCUGCUCAACUUCCUGUGGAGCGGGCCGUCAGAGACGGUACUGGAGGCGGCCGACGAGCGCCCACACGCGGCGCCGCUGGCCGAGCAGCUCCGAACCGCGGAAGAAGCGCUCGAGGCCUCGCCGAGCGCCGGCCGACCGGCGCUGCGGGCGCAGCGGCCAGCACCGGGCGAGGCAGACGUCGCGGGCGGCAAGUGGGAUUACCCCCGGGUGAGGAGAGAGAAUACGAGCGCGUCUUGGGCCGCAUCCGGGAGUCGCCCGUGGUCUACGAGCCCUUCCCUCACAUAGAAGUCCCCGAGCUGCUGUCGGACGAAUUCUACGCAGCCCUGAUGGCGGAGUUGCCCCCCGUCUCAGAGUACAAGCCAGCCGCGUACGCGGGCACCGCGCCGACCUACGAUGUGCUGGACACGGAGUCGUUCAACACGUCCACGCCCGUCGAGGUGCCAGAGGAGUGCCGGAAGAAAGACGGCGCGGACAAGCGAUGUUUUUUCAGGACUCGGCAGCUGCAUGAGGACGGUUUUACCACGGGUUUGGUCUUCAAAGCGGGCAAGAGCCUCGAAAGAAGAUAUCCGUUGUGGACCCGGAUGUAUGAGCUCUUUUAUUCGCUCAAUUUUACUAGGGCGUUGGUGGAGAAGUUCACCUUGGACGACGGCAAGGGCAUCCCGGCAUGGAAGCGGGCCAAGUGGAACCUCACCCACGGUUCUCUCAAGAAUUCUGCCGCUCUCAGAAUCGAGCCAUCCCAUUACCAUCUGGCCCCCCACGUGGACAUCAUGGAGAAGUUGAUUACGUGGCAGUUCUUUCACCCAGAGGACACUCCGAUUCGACUUCUCGCUCGCCGACCGGAGGGCUGGCACGUCGUUCUACAGGCCGAGGCCCGGCGUCCACAUGCGCAUCAACGACGCGCUGAACCCGCAAUGGAUGGACUACGACCUCUUCGAACAGGUGAGCGAGCAGAGGGUCCUGCCCAACUACUUCUUCUCCUUUGCGCCAGGGAGCAAAACAUGGCACGGCGCCUCCAUCGACCCACCGCAGCUCGUUGGCACCAGCGAGUACGCUCGACGGACGUUCCUCGGAUUCAUCACUGCAGGGGACACGGGCUUCCACCCCUUCCGGAAGCCGCAGGGCGACGUCUACUUGGACUGAUCAGCGCCAGGCCAGGCUCCGCCUUGUGACUGGCCAGCUUAGCGGCCUCCCUCGCGUGCGCCCUUCGCCCUCGCGUGUUCGUCCUUUUCCUCCCUCCUCAUCCCCCAUCCCCCUCCUCCUCUUCCUCCUCCUCCUCCAUGUCCCCAUCCCUCCCUGGUCUCUUCUCCCGUAUCCCUCCCUCCGACCUCCUCUUCGUCCUUCCUCUGUCUUCCAGAACCGCUCCUGGAUGCGGUGAUAAGGCCCCCGGAGACCGGGGCUGAGCAACCCGCGGUACGGCGAUUAGCUCCAGCACUGCAUACGUAAAGUUGCACUGCCGCCUCUUGCGCUCUCUGUCUCCCUUUCGCCCCACUCCUCCCCUCCGAAUGAACGCUGAA